AUGGCUAACAGCGCCUUAAAGAGAGCAUGCGACCGAUUUCGCAAUCAAAUAUCAACCAGCGACACACUCUCUAUCGAUUCAACCGUCAGAAUAAGCGAAGUGAAGAACGCGAUUGGAGAAAUCGAGCAAGAACUUGCUUCACGACAAAGCCUUAGAAACUUCGGCCGUCUCAUUCCGUUCCUAGACGCUGUUGAGAGGUAUUCAAAGGUAGUUGAGGUGGCACCUAUCAAAUUUAUUCUACAAGGAGUAAAAGAUUAUACACAUGCCCUAGAUACGAUCGUGACGGCGUACGUAAAUAUCGGGAACCGCAUGCCUCGCUUCUCGCGCUAUGCGGAGACAUUCCCCCAGAACAUCGAAUUUCACGAGCGCGCUUAUGCUAUGAUACGAAAGUCGGGAUGGAGGAUUUAUUUCUCUUCGUUAUGGGGACGUUUCGGAUACCGUUUAAAAGGCCUUCUCGACAGCAUUCAUGAUUAUGGCGAGUUGAUUGAUCGAGAAGCAGCCUCCUUAAGUAUCAGCCAAGUUGCAGAGUUGAGGAAGGAGAAACUCACCAGCGCCACAGCCCAGGAGCACAAACGGGGAGUAGAACAGCUUCAAGAUGUGCUCAGCUGGCUAAAUUUCACUACUACAAAUCCCGAAUUGAAAUUGGGCUGGCUUGAGAAGCGUUGCACAGAGGGUACAUCUCAAUGGAUUACCAAAUCUCCGAAGCUCAAAGCCUGGCUUAAGCAGAAUGGUGGAGGUUCUACACUCUGGUUGAAUGGUAAACCGGGCUCUGGAAAAUCGGUUCUGUGUGCCCAACUUAUCCGUUUUCUUCGAUCUAGUCAGCGAAAAGUGGCAUUCUUCUUCUGCGACUACCAAACACCAGAUUGCGAUACCCACCGUGACAUUGAUGCAAGUGUUCCCAUUCUAAGAAGCAUUUGCGCCCAGCUUGUUCGGAUGUCUUCUGAUAUGGUAUCCUGUCUCUGGGAUGAAUACAUAGCCAACGCUCGCUCCCUCCCACAAGCUCACCUAAGCGAGAUCUUACCAAAGCUAAUUACCCAACUCGGUGAUCUCCACAUCAUAGUAGAUGGGAUAGACGAAAUAUCAUGGAAGAAACAUAAAUACCUAAUUAGGGAUCUCAUGCAGUUGAAAAAACAUUCCCGAGAAUGCAAACUCCUAUUAGCAAGCCAGGAUAUUCCUACCAUAUCAUCUACUUUGAUAAGCAAAGUCCAAUUCCGUAUGGCGGAAGAAAAGGAAAUGAUUCGUAAGGAUCUCGCUAUAAUUAUCUAUGAGGGGCUGGAAAGGAUCAACGAUGCCCAAGGAGGUGCAAUUGAAGAGAAAGAUCUGCGCGACCUUCAAAAGAGGAUCUUGGAUAAAGCCGAAGAGAUGUUCUUAUGGGUUCAGCUGGUGCUUGAUCUCCUAGAGAGGGAAGCUACAAGCUUGCAAGAUCUUCAAAACCAAGUUAAUAACCUACCUAGGGACUUAGCAGAAGCCUACGAUCGCAUCCUUAGCAAUAUCUGCGACAGACUCUCGCCCGAAGCUGUAUCGAGGAUCCAACGGGCUUUUGCAUGGGUUAUUCACCACAAAGGGCGUCAUCCAAUUCAAAAGUACCAAGUCCGACUAGCAAUGACGUUACGUCCGGGGUGCGAAAUCAUCAGUAGACGUACAAAACCCUUCCCUAAUACUACUGAUGUGUGCAAGCCGUUUCUAGAAGCAGGCCCAAGCGGAUCGCUUGCCUUCCCACAUUCUACAGUACCAAAAUUUCUAACCGAGUAUGUAACCACGUAUAAGCCGAAACCUUUCGUUGAUAUCCUCGAAUCGCAUUACAGCAUUGCAUUUGCGUGCAUAUCACAAGUAAAGCAGGGACUCUGUUUACAUCCCCAAGCUACACCAAAUUCAAUGAUUCUAUGCGACGUUGCUUCAAGAAUAUACGGGCUUCUACCUUAUGCAAACGAACACUGGAUAGACCACCUGUUAGAGUAUUUAGAAAUACGACAUGAAGUUAUCAGAGAUCACUCUGAACCAAUGAUACAGCAACUCUUAGGGUUAUACGGAGAAAUUUCGCGCCUUGGGGGCCCUCAGCUUACCCAAGGCAACCCUUUAGGAGAGAAUGAAGGAUGGUCGUUACGUUGGCUAGAAGAGUUCGAAGAUAUCCGUGAUCUAGCAAGAAGAAUUAUUUACCUACGAAAGUCAGAAAUUUCGAACCCAAAAUCUAAUACGAAUCCGCAUGCGUUGCUCCAGAGUCUCCGCAGAUAUCAUGAGACUGUACAAGGGCUACUUCGUCAAUCUAAGAUUGGCGGUCUACUACAAAAAGAUUUCGACAUUUUCAAAGAGGAAUUCGGCCGAGAUUCGUACGUUUGCAAAGUAUCUGGAUGUGAUCGUGCAGUUGCCGGGUUUGAAUCAGAGAGUCGCCUAAAAAACACGAACUUCGCCACUUCAAAGAGCUAA